UUCAAACCCUAUUACCAUCGAUUGUCAUUAGCAAAUAUUUGUGGCAAGUGACACAGAGACUUGAGAUAAAGUUGACCACGCACCCAAAAUCUAGCCAAAAAAACAAACAUAGGAGAUGUUGCCUACUGCUUAGUUGCUUACAGGCUGGUCGCUGGUGGUUCAUUGAUGUUUGAAACUUGAAAGGCUACGUGCUAUUCCCUUGACUGCCAAGCCAAAUACCAAAUCCCUUUACCCAGCAAAGAAAUUGUACUCGAAUCUUUCAGCUUCAAGAUGAGCGUCAUCGACAUUUUAACCAGAGUUGAUGCGAUCUGCAAGAAGUAUGACAAAUACGACGUCGAAAAGCAAAAGGAUCUCAAUGUCUCCGGCGACGAUGCCUUCGCUCGCCUCUACGCUGUUGUUGAGGCUGAUAUCGAAGCCGCUCUUCAGAAAGCGGAGCUUGCUUCAAAAGAGAAAAAUAAGGCAUCUGCUGUUGCUUUGAAUGCGGAGAUUCGUCGGACAAAGGCGAAAUUGCUAGAGGAGGUCCCUAAGUUGCAGAGAUUGGCUAUAAAGAAGGUUAAAGGACUCUCGACAGAAGAGCUUGCUGCUCGUAAUGAUUUGGUCCUUGCAUUACCAGAUAGGGUUGAAGCAAUACCUGAUGGAACUGCAGCUGCUCCCAAACAAACUGGAGGUUGGGGGGCUUCAGCAUCCCGUACUGAAAUCAAAUUUGAUUCAGAUGGUCGUUUUGAUAGUGAAUACUUUCAAGAAAGUGAGACAUCUAGCCAAUUCAGGCAGGAGUAUGAAAUGCGAAGAAUGAAGCAGGAUCAAGGUUUGGAUAUGAUUUCAGAAGGUUUGGAUACUCUGAAAAACAUGGCUCAUGACAUGAAUGAGGAGUUGGAUAGGCAAGUUCCUUUGAUGGAUGAAAUCGACACAAAGGUAGACAAGGCAACAGCUGACCUUAAAAACACCAAUGUUCGACUCAAAGACACUGUUAAUCAGUUGAGAUCUAGCCGAAACUUCUGCAUUGAUAUUAUUUUGUUGUGCAUAAUCCUGGGAAUUGCUGCCUAUUUGUACAAUGUGCUGAAGAAGUGAUGCCUCAAACAAUAUCUUCUCAACCUGAUUUGUUGGUGCUGUGGUGUUGGCUUUUUGUAAUUUGAGGAGUUCUUAUGGUGUUUGCAUUUACAUUUUGUGUCAUAUGCUUGGAAAUAGGUUUUUGUCAUUCACGUAAAGAUUUAAGAUCAUUCAUGUGCUGUUUUGAUCAUAUCAAUCAAACAAUCAUGGACAUUUUUACCUCUUAGCUGUUCUGUUCCCUAGAAAGUACUUAAGAAUAUAAAUAUCGGCUAGGCAUUGAACA